UCGGUGUAACUAUUCAUUAAUAUUUCAGAUAGAAAAUGUUGGGUUCGAGUUUACUUACAUCCGAAGCUACAACUCCUCUCAAGUCAGGGAUACAAACCCUGAAGGAGAACCUAAGUCCUAAAUCUCCUUCAGAAAUGUUCGGGCUGACUCCAGGCCGCAAUCAGGCUGGUUCUCCAGCUUCACCGGUCCCGCAGACCGGAGCUAGUUUUCUUAGUUCGGUUGAUUAUGCUCUAAAUGCCCCGACACUGCCCCAAAAGUGUUCUGAGCUGACUUAUCUUCUAAACAACUGUCCGCAGAAGGAUUUACCCACAGCUUUUCAUAGGAUCGUCGAUAAAACGUUUGGUCUAACCUUCGGUGGGAGAGGAUUUGGGAUUAACUCUAUUCUAAAAACCACACAACCUCGGGAGUUCUUUGCACUGAUAGAUUUCUUGGGAUCCAACGGUCCUGUUCUACGUUCAAGCUUCAAACUACUGUCGGAUCCCUAUCUCAGGUUUGAUUUCCCUAUCUCCCUGCUCUCAACCUCAACUAAACAACAGAUUGAAUCUGGAACUGCUUCACAGUUUAUAAUGUCUAAACUAUCAGCUCAGAACUCAGUCCUUCUCCUCAACUCCUACGAGUUCUACAUGUUCACGUUUAUAGCUUAUAUCGUGCAACCCUAUACUGCUGAUAAUAAGUUUGUACCAGGAGAUUCUCUUUAUCCAAAUAUCCUUGAGGAUUAUUUCUCCUAUUUUUUACCCUGCGACGGUUCAGCUCCUCCCCCCCUUCCCUUCCAUCUUAGCAUGUCAUCUCCUACCCACAUUCCGGAAAUAAAUACUCCUGCUCCGUCUCCGUCCAGGAAAUCUUUACUCCGACAGGGCCCCCUCCUAUCAACACCAGCCCGGAGUAUUCCAACCUCACCAACAAUUUCAUCUAUGACUGGACACGAAGUGUGGAGAUCAGAAACCUUGAUAAAUAUCUGCUCUGAACUUCUACUUUCUCCGUUCUCCCAACCCUCGAAGUCUAAAAGUGAGAGUCCGUCUCUAAAUCAGAAAACAAACGAUCUAGUUAUAGCUGUUGGAGACACACUGAGAAUAGUUAGAAUGAUGAUUAAACAUCUCCAUUUCUUCGCUAACUCCGGUGGACCAUUAGACCUCACACCAUUGGAUCAAUUGAAGCGUUGUGUUAUUCCUAACAUCAAGAAGAAGGUUUACGUUCUCUUCAAGUUUAUAUUUUCUCACUGGCCUCAUGAUACGUCCUUCAGAUUGGUUCUAGAAACCUGGCUCUCCUAUAUUCAGCCGUGGCGGUACACUGACUCCGCUGCUAGAGUGCGGGGUACUGAUGAAACCUGCACCAUGAGUAUUGAUGAUAAAUGGCUAAACUUUGUAGCGGAGAAUAUUCUCUUCUAUACAAACAUUCUUCGUCUUCUUCUCCCACGCUUCUUUAGGAUGGAUUUAACUACCAGCAAGAACGCGUACAUGCUCUUCAGGAUCUCUAAGAUCUACUCCCAGGCAGGGUUAGCUAAUCUUGUGAAGAACGGAGAGAGUGGGUUGGAUAGAAUUAUGUCUGUUGGUGAUUUUAGCCUAGAUCGAACAGGUUUCAGCGAAAUGCCGCCCUACAACAUUAACUCAGAGAUGAAUGAGAACGUGAUCAGCUCCGCCAGGCAGUGUCUGCUGGAGUUGGAAGGAUCGGUGAGGUAUGAACCAAUCUUCGGAAACUCAUUCCGGCAAACCGUAUCCGAGGUUCUCAUCCUCGCUAGCAGGGCCAAACAGGUGGCAGAAGAUAGCAUCAGUGAGGCCAACAAGGAGAAUCCUGAGAAUAAAACCUUGAUGGAUAGAUUGAUAAACAUGAUUGCUGGAGCUGGAGCUCCACCUCAGGACUCUUCUGAGGUUGAAGAAUUCCGGAAGAGUGUUCAGUAUCUUAACAAUUCUAUCACCUCCCUCUCUUCAAUCUUUGAUCUACAAAUACCAGAAUCCAGUAGUACCAGGAGAAAACUAGGUUCAGGAAGUAGUCCUGGUUAUCCUGAGAUGAGUGAGGAAGAUGCAGGACGGGUUCUAACUCCACACGGUAGAUGGCAGGUUCUCCAGGGUCUGGCUAAACCAGAAGUCAGAUAUGGAGGUGACCCUGAUCAGGUUCCUAUUAACCAAUCAGAGAUCGGAGGGAUUGUUCGACUGAUGCACAGGUUUAGUUCCUGGCUGAAUCAAAGAUACGGAGAAAGGAUGCGUGAGAUGUAUGGAGAGGAAAGUGUGCUGGGUGAAAUAUCCCGGAUUGUUCUCCUUCCUCCGUGUAGAUUCUACCACCUGGAGAAAAGUUUAGACGGAGGUCCUGCUCGGAGAGUUUUCCACACCCACAGUGCUCGAAUCAACCUUAGGUUCCUGGCAGGACAUCGGUUUCUCAUCCUGGCAGCAUUAUCAAUCCUAGUUCUCUCCUUCCUUUGUAAGAGAAGUUUGUUUCAGACCUCGGUUCUCCUGAUAAUUUUUACAGCAUUCAUCAUUGUUUUAGUAGCUGCAGGACGUUCAUUUGUUGCUCCGACUGCUAGAAGAUUAAAUCCGGACUCAACACUGGAUCAGUCCAAGACCGAUUAGUAAAUCCAGUGUUUUCUGUUGUACCAAUUCGAACUUGAAAGGAAAGUAAGAUUGUUUUUUGAUCUCAUUUGUAUCUUUAUAGAAA